GGCAGGGGCGGGGGGCGCCGCUGCACCCCUGGGCGCCACCCGGUACCGCCGGCAGCACAGCGUGCCAUGCGCCUCCCCAGGCGCAAUGGACUCCGAGUACAGCCUACUAGCCCCCGGCGCUGACGCAAUCGCACCCUUCACAGCGCCAGCCGCUCCGGAACCUCGACAGACCGCCGCCCCCUCCUGUGCCCCUGCGGCCGCCCAGCCCCAGCCCCCCCCUCUUGACUGGCAGCUGUGUGUUCCCUUCGCCGCGGAGGUGCCCUGCCUGGACCCGCUGGCGCUGGGAGGGCAGGCGGCAUCGCCGGCAGCGCUGGAGGCGUUGCGCCCGAGCGACCCGGAGGCGCUGCUGAGGCAGACCACGUGCCAGGCCUACAUGCUCGCCCUGGCCCACCUGUACAACAUGGCCCGCUCAGCGCUGCUGCAGCUGGCGGCGGGGGCGGCAGCGGCGGCAGCGCGGGACCUGCAGCAGCAGCAGCAGCAGCAGGG